CCUCUCGAUUCUCGCUUUCAGUCUCGACCUACGCGCUCGAUUCCACUCCAGCAUCUGCUCUGCCAACAGCCUCUCACAUCGCUCUGCUCUGCGACUCUGCCCUCAGCCUCUCACCUUCUGCCCUAUUUCCCUUCUUGGCCAGGGGCAUAUUUUGACUUUCCAGCCAGGGCAUCCAAGACCAUAGGACCGGCCCUCAUAAUUAGAUGCAUAAAAAGGUGCGUUGGUUUCGCUUCGUGGUUCGAAAACCCUUCCUUUUACUUCCAUCUCAGGGCUUUUAGAUGGUGAUUUGAAAACGAAAUAUAAAGAGAAACAGAGUUGUGAAGAAAAAUAAUGGCUGACCAGCUCCAAAUUCAGCUGAAGGAAGUUGGAUCCAAGCUUCAGAAUCAACCUGCUAGUAAAGAUGAUCUUCUCAAGCUUUUAACGCAAGCGGCAGCAUCUCUUACCGAGUUGGAUCAAUCACCACCGAAGUCAUUGUUGCAAUCUAUGCGGCCUCUUUUGAAUGCUAUUAUCAAGCCAGAACUGCUAAAGCAUCAAGAUGAAGAAGUUAAGCUUCUUGUUGCAACAUGUACUUGUGAGAUAACCAGAAUUACUGCUCCAGAAGCACCGUAUAGUGAUGAUGUUUUAAAGGACAUCUUUCGUUUGUUUGUAAGCACCUUCAAUGGGUUACGAGAUACGAAAGACCCAUCUUUUGGGAGGAGAGUGAUCAUAUUAGACACCAUUGCUAAGUACAGAUCGUUCGUUGUGAUGUUGGAUCUAGAAUGUGAUGAUUUAGUCAACAAAAUGUUCAAAACGUUUUUCGAUGUUGCCAGUGAUGAGCAUCCCAAAACGGUUAUUUUGGCAAUGGAGACGAUCAUGGUGGUUCUUUUGGAAGAAAGUGAGGACAUUGGGGAAGACCUUUUACACAUUGUUCUAUCUGUUCUAGGCCGUGAUAAGAAAGAUAUAACUACGGCUGCAAGGAGGCUUGCUAUGAAUGUUAUUGGGCAAUGUGCUGGAAAACUUGAACCUGGCAUUAAGCAGUUUAUUUUAUCAUCAAUGUCAGGAGAUAGCAGUCCUUCGAAUCCUCAGAUUGAUUACCAUGAAGUUAUAUAUGAUAUAUAUCAAUGUGCUCCUCAUGCCUUAUCAAGAAUUGUGUCGUAUCUAACACAAGAGCUACAGACAGAUAACGUAGAACUUCGCUUGAAGGCAGUCAGGCUGGUGGGAGACCUUUUUUCUCUCCAGGGAUCUACCAUCCCUCAGUCAUUUCAUCCAGUCUUUUUGGAGUUUCUGAAGAGAUCGAAUGACAAAGUUAUCGAGGUCCAAAUGUCGGUUCUUGAGCGUGUCAAGCUAUGUCUAUCAUCUGAUCCUUUCAGAGCAGAAGCUCCCCAAUUAGUUGCUGCCUUAUCUGACCGACUGUUGGAUUGUGAUGAAAGUAUACGCAAACAAGCGGUUGCAGUAGUUUCAGAUGUAGCAUCUUUGGAGUUGUCUUCUAUUUCAGCUGAUACGAUAAAGCUUGUUGCUGAGCGCCUUCAGGACAAAUCUGUUCUUGUGAAAAAGUACACCAUGGAGAGGCUCUCUGGUAUAUACCAGACUUGGUGCUCGAAACAAAUUGGUGGUCUGAAUUUGGACUAUGAUUGGAUACCUGGAAGGAUUUUGAGAUGUUUCUAUGACAAAGAUUUUGGCCCAGACACAGUUGAGCACAUUCUAUGCACAUCGCUCUUCCCAGUUGAAUUAUCUGUCAGAGAUAAGGUUAGAAACUGGGUCAGACUAUUUUCGAAAUUUGAUAAAGUCGAAGUGAAGGCUUUAGAGAAAAUACUGGAGCAGAAGCAAAGGUCACAACUAGAGUUGCAAAAGUAUCUUUCACUCAGGCAGAUGUACAAGGAUGGUGAUGCUUCAGAGCUCCUGAAGAAAGUCACACAUGGGAUUCGACUAAUGUCUCACUCUUUUGUUGAUCCCAUAAAAGCAGAGGCAGAUCUUCAGCUUCUUGAUCAAUUGAAAGAUGUUAACAUUUGGAAGAUCUUGACAACACUACUGGAUCCGAACACUAGUUCUCUUCAAAGUAGGAGCUUUCGGGAUGAAUUGCUUAAAAUAGUUGGUGAAAAGCAUCCACUUUAUGAACUUCUAAACACUCUCUCUAUGAAAUGUUCAUACAUAAUCUUUGACAUGGACUUUGUCAAAGAUCUUCUUCUGGAGACCGACCUACAGAAAUGUGCUGGGAACAGAGUAUUAACUCAGUCUUGCAUGAACAUACUUGUGAUCAUUGCAUGCUUCAGUCCAUUGCUGCUAAGUGGGAUAGAAGAAGAUUUGGUCCGUCUUCUUGAAGAUGAUGACGAGGCAAUCAAGGAAGGUGUUUUGCAUGUUCUAGCAAAGGCUGGUGGAAUGAUUCGUGAACAAUUGGGAGAAUCAUCUAGUACAUUAGACCUCAUACUGGAAAGAAUAUGCUUAGAAGGUAGUAGGACUCAGGCCAAGUAUGCUGUACAUGCCUUGGCAGCUAUAACAAAGGAUGAUGGGCUCAAGUCACUUUCUGUUCUAUAUAAGCGACUAGUGGAUAUGCUAGAGAAGAGGACACAUUUGCCUACUGUACUACAAUCUUUGGGGUGUAUAGCACAGAUGGCCAUGCCGGUCUUUGAAACACAAGAAAGUAAAAUUAAAUGCUUUAUAAGAAAAGAUAUCUUAAGGUGCAGUCAGAAAACAGGAGAUAAAGCAAAACAAUCUUGGGAUGACAGAAGUGAACUUUGUUCAUUAAAGAUAUUUGGUAUUAAAGUUCUGGUAAAGAGCUACUUGCCUGUCAAAGAUGGACAUCUUCGCGUUGGUAUCGAUGAACUGAUAAAGGAUCUCCAGAGUAUACUUUCUUUCGGAGAAAUCUCAAAAGAUGUUGAAUCAAGUGCUGUUGACAAGGCCCAUUUAAAGCUAGCAUCAGCAAAGGCCAUUAUUCGUCUUUCAAAACAUUGGGAUAAGAAGAUUCCCGUCAAUGUAUUUCACCUCACCUUGAGAACAUCAGAGGUUGGAUUCCCCAAAGUUAUGAAACAAUUUCUCACCAAAGUACAUCAGUACAUAAAGGAUGGGAGUUUGGACCUCAAAUAUAUUUGUGCCUUCUUAUCAGAUUUCGGGUCCCAGACAUCUAUUCCUGAAGAGGAAAAGCAUCUGAGUGACAUCAUUCAGAUGUCUCGGCAAGGGAAGGCCCAAGAACUUUCUAUGCAAACCGAUGGAAAUUCCUUGGUGGUUCAGCCAGAGUACAUUCUUCCUUACUUGGUCCAUGCACUUGCCCAUCAUCCUUCAUGUCCAAAUGUUGAUGAAUGCAAGGAUAUCAAAGCAUAUGAACCAAUAUACAGGAAAUUGUAUAAAUAUUUUUCUAUGUUUGCACUUGGAGACGAGGAUGGCAAGCCUGGAGUUGGUCUGAAGAAGGAAGAGAUUAUUUUGAUAGUGUCUGUUCUUCAAAAUAUCAAGAACUCCAAAGAUGCCGUAGAUGCUACUAUGUCAAAGAACUCGUAUGCAAUAUGUGAUCUUUGCUUGUCAAUCACCAAGCGCUUAGCUCAAAAACAAGAAGAUCUUCUUGAAUCGGUUGUACCUGUUUCGCUUCCUCAAGUGUUGUACACACCAUACAAGAAGAAAGAAGAGAAGGAAGAAGAGAACAAAGAAGACGAGAAGAAAGAAGAGAACAAAGAACACGAGAAGAAAGAAGAGAUUGACAUGGAGGUCACUGAAGGUCGGACAUGGUUGGCUGACGAAAGUGCUCUUGCCCACUUUGAGUCGCUUAUCUUGGAAGCUAAUGGCAGUGUUCCAUCAAAAUCCAAUGAAGUUGAUAUGGUGAAGGACAGUGAAACAGAUGGAAACGAGGUGCCUUUAGGAAAAAUGUUAAAACGUCUAAAAGCUAAAGGAUCACAGGCAAGAAAGGCAGUGAAGAACGACUCUACACCAGUUGUGGAAACUGAAAAUAAUGUUGAUAUCUUGGGAAUGUUGAGAGAAAUAAAUUUGGAUAAUUUGGGUGUUUCAAAUCAAUUCGAUUCGAGCAAUGGUCAUGGGAAAGUUAGAAAUGAAGCAAAGCUGAAGAGGAAAAACCUGCCUAAUGAUCUAACCAAUGUCUCUGUACCCAAGCGUCGGAGAUCGUCCUCUGCCAAAGGCCAUAAGAGGUCAUCUUUCCUAAAGGGUGGCUUCAAGGGUCGAUCAGCUUUCGGUAGCAUUAUAAUGAAUGAUGAUCCACACAGUCGCUUGGAACUUAAAGGUCUUAUUCAUGUAGAAGAGACCAGACAUACUGAUGACAUUGAUUUGGAGAAGCCUAAAAAGUCUUUUGAGACGGGUAUCAAUCUGAAGUCAGGGCAUGUCAAGAAGCGGAAACGAAGAAGGGUUUCAGGAUUAGCAAAGUGCACUUUGGAUGAAACUAAAACUAACCCUAGGGACUUGAUUGGCAGACGCAUAAAGGUUUGGUGGCCUAUGGACAAGGCGUUUUAUGGAGGAGUAGUGAAGUCUUAUGAUCAUCAAAAGAAAAAACACGUGGUGUUAUACGAUGAUGGAGAUAUUGAAGUUCUAUAUCUAGACAAGGAGCGAUGGGAACUUGUUGAGGAUGAGCACAAGCCUAAAAAGCGGAAGCUUUUGUCAAAUAGUCCACCCCCUAAAGGAGGAUCAUCUAAAAAGAAAAUUAAGUCAUUGGGUAGCUCCAAGCAAACAAAGGAAUCAACUGACAUAUCACCAUCAUCUAUGAUAAGAGGCAAACGAACCCCAAGAAAAAAUUUUAAGCGUGGACAAAAGGGGGUGUCACAAGGAACUGCAUAUUCGGAAAUGGUUAGAAGCAUAGAUGCUGAUACAUCCAUGCCUGAGGCUGAGCCGCAAGCUGAGGCUAAGCCUACCACAUUUUCUGAAGUCGGUAAUUUGGAUGCACGGGAAGAGGAGCCAUUGAGUAAUGGACAGGGAGGGAGUUCAGCAGGUCUGGAGGAUUCAGACAAAGUGGAGAAGUCAAGGUCUGAAGAGAAACAAGUUAAAGAUGCAGAGAGUAGCUCAAGUGAUACAGUGUGUUCACAUGAAAACGAACCUGAUUCAGGGCAGAAAGAAACUGAAAAUGUUGACACCAUCCUUGAGGACGGAUCGGAAUCGGAUGAAAACCAUAAAAAAGAGAAACGAUCACCAGAUGAAAUACAUGAAUCAGAUUCAUCAGGAGGGAAUGAAGACAGAAAAGGAUCAACCUGUGAUGAUUCUAACAAACCAGAGUUCUCUGAUGACGAGCCUCUUGGUGCGUGGAAGUCUCGAGUUGGGAAAUCCGUUGAAGACAAAUAAGUCUGUGGUGUAUCAUUUUCAGUUAGGUCUAAUUUGCAACAAUGGAGAAGCUAUUGAUAUUGUUACCACCAAUAAAUGGGCAGGUAAUGGGUUACAUACAUGUGAUAUGAUUAUGUAGCACCUUGGAACCCACCAUCUGAAAUUGUAUGUGUAGUAACUAGUAAUGUUAUAACUUGUAUUUGUUGAUUGUAGUGUAUGUGUAGUUGCUGUUGAAACAAUAGGUGCUCAAAGCAAUGUAACUUGUAAUUGCUGUGUUGUAACUUCUUUAGUGUUAUAUUAUCAACAACUUGAAGCAUUCAUUCUCCA